UGCCUUUCAUCGAGGGCUGUUUAAGCUGCUUAGCCAGCUUAAUGCAAACAUUGCUCCUGCCUUCUCUCUUCAGGGAUUUUUUUAAAAAAAUUUUUGUCUUCAGGGGAUUUUAGAAUGUUGUUAGAAAGAAUAAAAAAGACCAAAAGCAUUGAAAAAGCUUAAAUUUUUACCAAAAAAUACCCAUGUGGAAGCUAAAUCAUCUCUUAUCAGGUGAUGAUGAGGAGAGAGAAGAGAGUUUCUUGGAAGAAGAAUCAUAUGGCCUUUGUUCACUUUCUCCUACGCAGAGAAUGUAUGCAUUUGCUGCUUCUUUGGUCGCUGGUUUGGCUCUUAUGUUUCUGUCCUUGAUUGUGUUUGCCAAGCCCAUUAAAUUUGCAUUAUUGUUCACCUUUGGCAAUGUGUUGGCAGUUGGAAGCACAGCCUUCCUCAUUGGACCUGGGCGACAACUAGGCAUGAUGUUUGACCCUGCCCGAAUUUAUGCAACAGCUAUAUACAUCGGGUGCGUUGUUCUGGCUCUCAUUUGUGCACUCUUGGUUCUUCUUCACUGCUACCUCAAAGAAAAUUGCACUUCUCCUAAUUAUCUGAUCCAUAGCAAGAUUUUAACAGUGUUUGCCAUCAUAUUCGAGAUUUGUGCCCUUAUCUGGUACAGCUUGCGCUAUAUUCCUUUCGCUCGGAGAAUGGUGUCUAAUUUGAUGAUCCGAUUAUAUAGGAAGAUCUAUGUUGAUGCAGAUAAGGGAUUAAAGAGUUGAAUUCACAGAGAAUAUGAGCUUUUUCUAGUCAAAACAGGAAAUGCUUUAAGCCUUUAACAACUGAAAUGGGCCAAAGUUAUUAAAAGCCCUACUCCUUUUAGGCCUGGCAAACAACGUCCCAGUUGAACACUAAACCCUAACGUAAGGUAUUAUACUUCCCUUCAAGAGGUGUAAAUACGAAAAUAUGGCCAGAUAAGGAAUCUCGCAUGUCUCAAAGAUGGGAAAGGCAAAAGGUGUCUCUUAUCAGUUUGCAAGCUCAUCGGAGGUUAAAAAUGAUAAGGAUGUUUCUCCAUAUCCAUGUCUUAGCCACGUGUGAGAUUGACUAAUUAUUGUACCAAAAACAAAACAUCGGUCUUUGUCUGCAUUUAUAUGGACAACGACAACAUGCCUACCAUAGCCUGCAUGCAAAUUACAGUCACUGACAUGCAAAUGAAAGUCCUAGCAAAUUACGAUAA